CAUUUGAUAGUGACAUAGUGAGCUAUAGAAUACUUUUAUCUGCUGGAUUGCCUUUCUUUCCUUUGAUAUUAAUUAAAAUCUAUUAUCCAUGUUUCGUUACCCUAUGAAUUAAUCUUGAUUUGAUUUCUCUGCAGUACUUUUCACAGCAAAAUAAUUAGCUAUCACGUUCUACAAUCCUACUUUUGUUAAUUUUUUUUAUAGGUAACUCCUUUAAAAAUGCAUGGCAGAGUGAAGGUCCGUACCUCAGAAGAGGAAAAGGCUAGAAAAGAAAAGGAACGCCAAGAAAAGUUAAAAGUGUUUAAACAUGCAAUGCAAAAGAUCCAGUUCAAGAGAAAAGAAAAUGAGCUAGAUAAAGAACUACUAGACCUUACAGGAAAGGUUCUAUCCUCAAACCCGGAUGUCUACACGCUAUGGAAUAUAAGGAGAGAAAUUUUAAUACAGCUUAGGUGCCUUAGGCAAAAUGGGGAGUGUGAAGACUUAUCAAAAUUGUAUGAUGAUGAGCUGCAAUUAACUGAGUAUUGUUUGAAAAUAAAUCCCAAAUCAUACUGUGCGUGGCAUCAAAGGGAAUGGGUGCUCACUACUAGGUCUGACCCAGAUUGGCAAAGGGAAUUAGACAUUUGUAAUAAAUAUUUGAAAUUUGAUGAAAGAAAUUUUCACACUUGGGACUAUAGAAGAAUUGUUGUGUCUCACUGCAAAUCAUCAUUAAAGGAAGAAUUUGAUUUCACAACAGAGAAAAUACAUGACAAUUUUUCAAAUUAUUCAGCCUGGCACUACAGGAGUAAGAUGUUAGUUGAAUUGUAUCCUGAUUUGGAAGGAGGGAGACCUAUUGAAGAUGGCCAUCACAAACAUGAGUUGAAACUGGUGCAGAGUGCAGCUUUUACUGAUCCUGAUGACACAAGCGCGUGGUUCUACCAGAGGUGGCUGUUAGGUGCAGUAAAAACAACAAUAAGUCCGGUAGUCUGCGUUGUGAAGCCAUCGAAGACGACCGUAGCUUUCAGCAACCACGUGCCCUUAGACGCAGUGAGAUCUAGGACGAAAUUGUACGUCAACGACAUCUAUUUGGAAGGCCAAUGGGUGUCCUGUACCGGCAAUCAGUACGAUGUUCUAUGGACGCUCAAACAUGAUAGAGAAAUUACUGAUGAUUUGGAUAUCAGGGUGGAAUAUGAAGUGGAUACUAACGAAAAACAGAUAAUUAAUUGCGUCAAAGACGAUACAUGUGAAUACGUUGGCAAGAAUGAAAUCAGUUUUCAGAAGCAGUAUUCUAAACCUGUGAUCGAAGAGUUAAAUAACCAAUUGGUGGCUUGUCGGCAACUGUUGGAGAUGGAACCUGAUAAUAAAUGGACCCUUCUGACCACAACAGUCUUCCUCUAUUGUAUCAACGCUGAACUCUACCACGAAGAAGCAAUUAAAAAUCUUCACGAAUUAAAGAAAAUAGACAAGCUACGUUCCGGUUACUACGACGACUUGAUCACAAAAUGGAGCAUCGAGUCAAAGUUAUUAUUUGACUACAAAACAAAUGACAAUAAUUCUGAAGUGAUGUUUCACAAUAAGAUAACGAGCUUGCCGUAUCUUCAGUAUUACAGUUAUUGCAAAGUCGUGGAUUUGUCUAAUCAGAAUCUGAAGUCUAAUAUUUUGCCAUCGCUGGUGGUUCUUCAACAUUGUAAGAUACUGAAUUUAGGUAACAACAAAUUGACAACACUAAAAGGUUUCCCAACCCUGGAUUUGAAGGUGCUGCAUUUAGAAGGCAAUGAAGAUUUAGAUAAAAAUGAAGAGAUUCUUAGUUUAAUCAAGAAAAACUGCAACUGUGAAAUAUUUAUAUAAAGUAUUUCUAGAUAAUAUAUAAAGAUCGUUUACCUAAAUUUGUAACUAUUACCUAAGUAGGUAUUUAUAAAAUAUAUUUGCUAAGCUAA